GUAUGCACAGUGCAUAUUAUACGCAGCUGUGAAUGGUAACAGUGAGCGUACAGUACAUACAGUGUAGUGAACAUACUAUACCACAGGAGUAACACACGAUAAGAGAAGCGCACGGUGUUCUGUCGCAGUUUGUCCACAGUUUUCUCACCUCUCAUUCGAUGGUUCAGUUAUGAGACACAGUCAUUGAAAUCAUGCGAACAGGAAGAGCUGACCAGACCUGACCCACCUUGAGUACCGAGUAUGCGGAUAGCAUCACUAGGGAGCAGCGAGUCCAAAGCAGAUCAGUCCGAUCAGGUCCCCCCCAAGCGCACCCGGAAGCGGCGCCACCUCCGGUCCAGCCCGCCUUCCCGGUCCAGCACCAGUACUAGCGGCAGCAGCGGCAGUAGCGGCAGCAGCAGUGGUACCAGCGCCGGCAGUCAUCAAACUGUUCACGAUGACGUACUGGUCCCGCUGGUAGGCUGUGCUGAGCUCCACCAUCAGGUGGCUUCCAGUUGUCCCGUGCGGGGGCCCGGAUGCGAUACAGAGACUGCCUUCACUUUGUCCUUGUCGCCCCAGCCCCCAUCCUCAGCUGCAGCAAGGUCAUCGUCCUCGUCCAUAGUGGGCGUGACCACUCUGAACUAUUGCGGGUCGCCGACUGGUUUGCUGUCACAGCGGAACUCUCCCGUGGACCGGACUCACUCCCCAGGGUACGAUUUCAGGGAAACAACUGCCAGGCGGAGAAACUAUCUUGAGUCUACAGAGAGCAGUGUCCAGCAAAUGCAGCAACACCCCCCUGCCUGCAACCAAGAGAAUCAGCCCCACGAGCGUAGCGGAAGAAAGGAGUGUAUGAAUGGACCCGCUGUGUGCUUGCAUCACCAGUGUUGUCCAGGAGCUUCUUGUGGCCACGGGGGGAAGGAAAAGUUUUCCUUCUGCCGUGCUGUAGCUAAAGGCACAAGCAAAGACAUUCACAGUGUGUAGCUCAAGGAUGACUCCUUUGUGCAGCAUUGAAGAGAAUCUAAAUGUCCCACCCAACGAAAACAAGAAUGCAUGUGUAGCACUUUCAACAGAAGCUAAAGUAUCCAGAGUGAGAAAGUGCAACCUUGUCAAAGAUGUUUAUUAACUCUACCAGUAACUGCCCCCAACCUGUCAUGCUCCAACAGCAGGUUUCAUGAGGUUUGGUACAUGUACCUACCUGAUGAACUUGUUGAAUUUUGUUAGACUUUGUAUCAAAGGUCCUGGGCGAUGGUGUUGGAUUUUGUGUGAGUUGAAGCACACAGGAGUCAUUGUGUGCAGUGUCUAGUUUGGUACUGGUACAAGUUUGGUACUGUUCAGUGCAAGUCAUCCUAUAGUCUACAUUGACCCAUCCAUACAAGCUCCGACGAGCUCAUUAUGUUGGAGUUUAUCAGGUUUGGUACAAUGACCUGCAUGUACAAGUACGUAGACAAGUACAUAAUCUCACAAAAUCCAACAGAAACAUGUAUAUCAUAUCUGUUGGAUUUUGUGAGGUUCAGUAUGCUUUUGAGUGCAAGAGCCUAGGGGUUUUUUAAUAGAUUUCCAUAUUGGUGUAAAAAAGAACUGUUCUAUCCACUCCUGCAUUAAUGUAUUACUUUUCAUAGAUCUACCACACUGCAACAUGAUUUGCAUGGUAGUUCACUUGUUUUGUCUAUCGAAUGUGGCUCGUUUCUUUUGAGGACAAUGACCUGCAGGAUUUCUGAGUGUACGGGUGACCAACCAUGCGUGAACCAAUUCUUGUGACAUGUAAAAUUAGUUGUCUCUUAGUCGUCGGUAAUUUGUAAUGUAGAGGCCCUUUCCAUUUUGCAGUUUCCAAGCAUGUGUAUCUGUCAGUACUCACUGAAGUUGUUUUUUUUUUACAUUUGUUGACUCCUGUGUUUUGGAAAAGGUUGGUGGAUGGAUUAGUGUAAGCCAGAUUAAAAUUCAUUUUUCACGUUCAAAAAAGGAAGAAUAAUAAAUUACCAGCAAACGUAGUCAACA